CAACAAGCACCCGAAACAGUUCGGAAGCAAAGGCGUGAGCAAAGUUACGGCCGAACUCCCGAACGCGAAAAAGUCUCGUCAGCGUAAAACGAACGAGGAGGACGGAAUCCCUCGAGGAGCGCCCGAACUUAUUACCGCACGGUGCCGCGUAGACUGGCGUCUACGCCUAAUUAUCUUCGACUCGCGAGUGCUGGAUCACGUUUUCUUGAGACGACGUAGUCCGACAGCGCACUUAUUCGCGAUUUUGAAACCACAGAAAGCAGGAGCAAGACUGCCGAAAAAAAACGUGAGAGGGGGACUGCUCGGGGCGUGGAGCACAACAUGUUCGAGCCUACUCGCGUUUAUAGAGGAACGCUUGAUACAAAGAUUGACUCGUGCUGAGUGACGUCAACAUAAACGCGUGACACCGAAAAAAAUGCCUUCAGCGGUGAAACUUUAUUUUUCUUGGACGUGGGGCGACAGCGACCGGCGGACGCGGCGGUGGGAGCUCGACACGUCGGUCGUUCCCCGGCGCAAUGGUUUCUUCGCGCGCGUCGGAGACCCGCGCGCAUCGCGCUCGUCGUUUGCAGCUCACUUCACGGUUCCCGCCGUCGUCUACCGCGUCGUGACCGUCUUACUUCUUGUUCCCUCACGGCUGUACGGUUUGCACUUUUUCCAGGCUACCCUGUAAUAAAAAAAACACUUGCCUGAUAUGUGAUAUUCGGCCAAAAGUCCCGCGUAGAAAAAGUCACGUGCCCGGAUACGUGAUGUUUUGAUGGAUGGUGCUGCUCUCGAAUUGUGGCCGCGCGACGUGAGCAGCUGUGAAAAUUGAGCCCUUAUUUAGUCGCUUGGUUAUUUUUCGCACGACGGAUUUCUCGUAUCACGGAUACACGGACCCGAUCCGUUCGCCGUUUUCGCGUCGAAGCGUGUCGAUGUAUCACAACACAAGCGGUCGCCCAACUGAAGAGAAGAUCGACCCGGACAUAUAUACGCACGCGCAACAGUACUUUUUGGCAAAAAGUGAGGUGCGCCAUGCAGUCCGACAACUCUCUGUCGCCGAAGUGCACGACGCCGAGGCGAUGAUGACGGGUUCGCAAAUGAAAACGAUGCAAGAAUAAUGAAAUAGGAUAACUAGUCUAGUCUACGUGAUUCUCUAAUAGAUAGCACCAAGUUUUCUCUCUCCAUCAUGCC